ACGCGCGCGUCCUCCUCAGCACUCCGUGUGGACUGUCGCUCUGAGUGGACACACCGGGAAUGGGCUCUUCGGAGAGAGUGAAGAAAAACUUCCAGUUUUUCCGCGUCUAUGCCCUUCAGAGGCUGCUGUUUAUUUUGCGGGAAUAAGUCUGAGGGAGAGAACAGAUCAGAGUUAGGAAAUGGGAAAAAAAUAAAGAGUUGCUAGGAAAAGUCAACGAAUGGGAUAAAAAAUUGAAAAUUUGGACUUUUGUUCGUUAAAAAGGGAUUUAAAAUAUCUGGAAUCAUUCCCCAAAAGUUUGGAACGAGAUUUUAAAAUUUUCUUUUACUCACUCGACACGGAAAUCCAGUCAAAACACUCUGGAGCCAAUUGGGCAGAACUCAAUUUAGCUGUUAGCAUCACUAGAAAAACGGUUAGCUAGCAAACAAGUCGGUUAGCGUGGAAAACAAGAAGGUUAGUAAGCAAAGAGCUGAAAAGUUGCUGAAAGUUGUUGGUUUGUGUAUGGAGAGUUGUUCAGACGGUCGGAGCGGUCAUGGCAAAGUGGUUUAAAGAUUUCCCCACCAGUCUAAAGACGGGUUCCGACCGAAUCCGGUCGGCUUCCGAAUCUGGACCCCAAACUCGACCCAAACCUGGGCUGACCGUGAGCACCGGUGCUAAAGGGAGCCUGAGGAAAAAUUCUGAAAAUGGAGGUGGUGGAGGUGGAGGAGGAGGUGUUGGAUCGCUGCUGUCCGGCAGAACCCGAAAAAACUCGGCCAUCGAGCUGGGCCGGAACCACUGGAGCUCGGGAUCCGGCUCGGUAAAGGACGGAAAAAUCUGGGAGAUCCUGAUUCCGGGCAAGAACAAAAAGAACCCCAAAAUGGAGGGCUUCGAAGACCACCGCACUCUCAGGACCACCAGCAUCGCUGAUGCCUACAUGAGCCGCAUGAUCAAGGUGGACAAACAAGAUAAGUGUGCAAAGUACGGCAGCGGUCCUGCAGAGGGUUCUGGGACGGACAACGAGAAGGGAAAGUCACCUGUUAAAACUGAGACGCUGAUUAUACUGGAGGAUUAUGCCGACCCUUAUGACGCAGAGAAAACGAGGGAGCAGAGAGAAGCUGAAAGAGAAGGAGAGAAUGAUGGAUACAUGGAGCCUUAUGAUGCCCAACUCAUUAUCACAGAGAUUCGUCGUCGAGGAUCAAAGGACCUGCUGAAGGUGUGUGUUGUGUUGAACGGAGGAGAAGGGGAGGGGUCUGGACCCCCACAGAUCUACGAUGUCCCAUACGAGGAGGUCCUGGAGGGGAUUCCCUUGACCCGACCGGAGUCGGACCCCCGACCACCUGCUGAGUACGAACUGCCCUGGGAGUGGAAGAAGGAACAGAUCGUCCGAGCACUGUCCGCUCAGUUUGAUGGAAUGGAGCGUGCGUGUAAAGAGGAUGGUGGCACCCCAGCUGUGAAGCAGCAGACCCUGCGCUCCGUCAAGAGCUGGACCCCCAAAUCGUUGCGCCCGUCGCCCCCCUCCCCAACCUCACCCUCCUCCCCAAACACCAGCCCCGACACAGAGAGCCCCAAAGUGGACCCUACCCUGCCCCUGGAGAAACAGAGCUGGUAUCAUGGCAGUGUGAGUCGUCAGGAGGCUGAGGCUCAGCUGCAGAACUGCAGGGAAGCUAGCUUCCUGGUGCGUGACAGCGAAUCAGCUACCAGCAAAUACUCCAUCGCCCUGAAGACAAGCCAGGGUUGCGUGCACAUCAUCGUAGCACAGACCAAAGAGUGUGGCUACACGCUGGACCAGAGCAGCUGUGUGUUCCCCAGCAUCCCGGAGGUGGUACACCAUUACUGCACCCAGCGCCUGCCCUUCACUGGAGCCGAGCACAUGACCCUACAGCACCCCGUACCCCGCACACACUGAUCACACACUCAUACCCACAGCAUCAGCCCUUCAGUGAAGCCGAGCACACGGUCUACCGCACACAUGCACUGAAAACAUCCAAACACAGCACCUACCUUCACUUACAUAUAUGCACAUACAUUCUUUCCACUGGAUGGAACAAAUGACUGCCUGCCAAAAGUUUGAGGACACCUUUCUCUCUUGUUCAAAUCGUACCUUGUAAUGGCAUUAGGGUUCUUUUUUGUUAUAUUUCCACUCAUUUUUCAUUAAAGUAAGACCAAGUGAUCAUACAAGCAAAAGGGGCCUUGGGUAGUGUUCAUCACAGUAUCUUCCUUGGUAUGAAGAGCAGGUUUUGUUCCAGACCAUUGUUAAAGUAAAUCCUGGAAAGGUUUAAGUGCUGAACAUGAGUGCAGACAGUUCUAUUCUGUUUAAAUUCCCCCUUCUCCACCUCCCAGUUUCAUUCACCAAAUGUGAAAAGGGCCAAAGAGACCAUCACAUAUCACCUAUGCUUUGGGCUUAUCCUAUGCAUUUCACAAAUGGCCCCCAAAAAUUGUAUCAAACCCUUUAAUAAGUGUGUAGCCUUUUAUACCAGCCCUGUGAGUCUAUUUUUUCAGCAGCAUUCUUUUAAUUCUCUUGCAGAAAUGCUUCAACUUGCACUACUUCCAGGAUUUGUAAAAGUGAUAUUUGAAACUAAUCAUAUGCAGACAAUUGAAAUGUGGAAUCAGAAAUGCUAACAUAUACUAUAUAUCCAAACGUUUGGCGAUUGGGCGCCCACUGAAAUUUAGGGUUUAUCUUUUUAUUUACUUACGUUAAGGUGGGGCUUUUGUCAAUUGUUCCUUCACUUUUUCCAACAAGAAAUGUUGCAGAUAUCUACAUAAUAUGUUAAGUUAUUGAGAACAAAUAGAAAAGAAAACAUGCUCAUAUUAAAUGCUGGGAAAAAAAAGAGUCCCCAAACUUUUGGCGGGCAGUGUGCUUAUACUUUCUACUCAGCCUAAAACUCCCAGUGUACAUUAGCGUGUUUGUGUGUUGUUUGUGAACAAGCCGGUCCCUCUUUUCAUUCUCAUGCCCCUUAUAAACCAAGGCCAUUAGACAAAAUAUUAACCUCUUGCAGUCCAAAAGGGUGAUAAGUAUAUUUCACAAGUGCUAGUGUAGUUUUUAUAGCGUGUAAUUUGUUUUUUGAAUAUGUUUCUUUCACUCCCUUCUCAUCUUCACCUCCUGGUGACUUCUGAUAUCAUGUGAAUGUGCCUGGGUGAGCUGGCUAGCAAUCACUUUCAACCUGAAAAUGCCAUGAUGGGAGGGGAUGAGUUGCUCUUAGGCCCCCCCUGCUGGCUGCAGAGGCGCAAUGCGUCAAGGAUGAAACUACUCUCUUCUGAGAUGCCUGUGCAGACACAAAGACCCAGCAGUUCUAGACCUGCAGUUUCAAGACAUGCUGUUGUUUUAGAAUUGUGCCCACUUAUGUAAUAUGUUGACUCCGUGGCAUUCCUUUAAUACAUCCCUUUUUAUGUUAUGUUGUAUUCCGUAUCGCAGUACUGUACCCUCAGCAUCACCGGUUUAACAUAAUUCAUGAUUUUUGUAUUUUGUUAAUCAGUUUGUACUGAUAUACCCAAUAAAUACCCAGUAGUCAUUAUGCAAAAAUACACCAUACAACCACUGGGAAUCCCUGUGGUGUCACCCAAUCGUGACUGUUAGCCCCAGAUCUAUAGACUAAUAACUGCAGCCAAGCUAACAUUUGUGUAAUUUUUACCUGAGUUGUCAAACAAAAUUGUAAAGAAAACAGCGACUCUGUCUUUAUUCAGCACAAAACAGACACCAGAUACAAGCUCUUCACCCUUUCACCCAAAAAAAAGCCAAACUUGCUAACCUCAGCUUUUAGCUUGUUCUCCUCCUCACCUAAUGACUCAUUUCUGUCCACUGUACUCCAUUCUCUCCCUUGUAAUGAUGAUUUGGAGACAGUUGUUACGGCUAUACGCCUGCAAUAAGUAAUGUUAGCUAGCCUUAGCUAACAUUCUGCAUUCACCAACUAAAAAAAUAAAAAAUUGAAACAGUCCGCCCCCAAAAAUCAAUCCCUGAGCAGUUGUAGUUUUUCAAAAGUUCCUUCCAUCUUGAAGAUACAUCAUCGCAAGAGGGUUUUCUUAAUCUUUUAACCCUAAAAUCUCACUGUAGAGACUACUGCGGCACAGCUGUAGGAUGGGCAUGUUUACAACAGAAACAGUAGAGAUGGUUGCAAUUUUCAUUUCACCAGAGUGUCCUUUUAAUAGCAUGUGGUCAGUUGGAAGGAGCAUAAAGAAAAAAAAAAACAAUUAGCUGUUAUACUUGUCUCCGAUUUUGGUUAUAAGUUAUGAGUAAAAGUUCUAUAUUACUUAAGCACCUUUCAUAAUAAGUUAUGAGACACAUUUUUGUUAUACAAAUUUAACAUAGGUUGCUAGCUACCGUAACAUAAUUGUACCUGCUGGUUUGCAUUUGGAUUACAUUUCGUCAGUCUAACUCUGGUUAUGCUUGUUGGCAUAAGCCUAAAAGUUAGAGGGCCUCUAACCUUAAACCACUGCCUUGAAGCUGCAUGAUGAAAUGUCAGGUUUAGAAUUGCUGCACUCUGGGUCUGCUGAUGUAUCAUGAUGGUGGUCUCUUCCCUCAGGUUAAGACUUUAUUGCCACCUAAAGAGGUCCUAGAGAGCUUACAUCUGUCCUCGCUCAAUAUGGCUGUCAUUUAGAUGAUGUGACUCUGAGUAAGCACCCUCUCAGUUUGGUAGCAUCAUGUGAUAGGGGGAGACUUAGCUAGCAGGUGGAUUUAGCCAUGACUAAACAAGAUAAAUACCCUAAAAUAACGAGAGCUUACAACUGAUUUGGCUACGUAACAAUUUUUCCCUUGAGUUUACAAGUUAGCCUAAACAAUUUAUAGGCAAAUCAAGCCAUUCUGUGGACUGACAUGCCUUUUUUGUUGUCCUUGAUAAAGAUUUCCAUUGAUUGGUUAAUUUGGUGGUGGGUUGGGGGGUGUAAAAUGGAUUUUAUUGGGCACGCACUCAUGCAUAGUUAAGUGGUAGAGUACCUGUGACUCUGGCCAGUAGCCUAAUCCAGAUGAGUGCCCUUUGCUUUGAGCAAAAUUGCAUUUUAUACAAUAUUCUCUGUUUAUAUUUGUAAGCAGUGAUUUUGAUUUUUUUUCCUGAAAAUUAAAAAGGGUAGUGUUCUCUGCUCAUGGAGAUAUUUUUGCCUCUGUACAAUAUAAGACCAUGCAAAGCCUGAAAAUAAAGCAAUUUUGAUUGUA